AUGGCUUUGUCUGCGGCCGGUGGCAGUAGCGGUGAAGGGGGGGCCCCCCUGCCGCAGCCGCCCCCCCUGUCCUCCAGCUGGCCGGCCCUGGGGCCCCGGCGGCGCAGCGUCUGGUAUAUCUACAGUGACUACAUCAUUAAGGAGAAGACCGUCCUGCUACAGAAGAAGGACAGUGAGGGGUUCGGUUUUGUGCUACGUGGGGCCAAGGCGCAGACCCCCAUUGAGGAGUUCACUCCCACCCCAGCGUUCCCUGCCCUACAGUACCUCGAAUCUGUGGAUGAGGGCGGCGUGGCUUGGAGAGCAGGCCUGCGGAUGGGGGACUUCCUCAUCGAGGUGAACGGACAGAAUGUCGUAAAGGUCGGGCAUCGGCAAGUGGUCAAUAUGAUCCGCCAGGGUGGCAACACCCUGAUGGUGAAGGUGGUGAUGGUCACCCGGCACCCGGACAUGGAUGAGGCUGUCCACAAGAAAGUGCCCCAGCAGGCUAAACGUCUCCCACCCCCCGCCAUCUCAUUGCGGUCUAAGUCCAUGACUUCGGAGCUGGAGGAGAUGGACUAUGAGCAGGCACCGAUGCCCAGUGUGGAGAAGAAGAGGACAGUCUAUCAGAUGGCCCUGAACAAGCUGGACGAGAUAUUGGCAGCUGCUCAGCAGACGAUCAGUGCGAGUGAGGGGCCAGGGCCAGGUGGCCUUCCUUCUCUGGGCAAACACCGAGCCAAGGGCUUCUUCGCCACCGAGGCAUCUCGAACCCCCUGGGGAAGGGCCAGGAGGCGGCGGGGGGGAUUCCUUUCGCGGGUGCAGAUCGCGCCCCACGGCCCCUCCUGCGCAAGGGGGCGACGCGACCCUUCCCCCAUCUCGGCCCCUCUCUCGGGCUCCCCUUGGGUCUCGGGUUCAGGCCCGGGCCGCAGGCCUCUCGCGCUCUCCGGGUCUCUGCCUGAGACGCCCCGGCCCCGCCCCCUCCUUGACUCUGCCUCCUCAGUCGCUUUCCCGCUUUUUUACUGCGGCCUGGAGCUCGCACCUAGCCCCGCCUUCCACGCAUGCGUCCUGAACGACCCUUGGGCCUCCUGA